UUUGUUAAAACAGCACAGUAAGUAAUGUUACUGGUACAGUACUACGAUCAGAGCUGGAAGGUUCUCCGCAGUCAGACAAAUUCCCUGUGCUGGGACCAAGUCCAGCAUUUCAGUGCUGAUGUGGGGAAAAUAUAGGCUCGACACAGGGCUAGGCGCCAGCGCCAACGCAAGACAAAUACACGGCCGCAACAAACCAGCUGCAACACACAAACACACAGCUAAACAAACCAGCUGCGACACACAAACACACAGCUAAACAAACCAGCUGCGACACACAAACACACGGCUAAACAAACCAGCUGCGACACACAAACACACAGCUAAACAAACCAGCUGCGACACACAAACACACAGGCGAAACAAACCAGCUGCGACACACAAACACACAGGCGAAACAAACCAGCUGCGACACACAAACACACAGGCGAAACAAACCAGCUGCGACACACAAACACACAGGCGAAACAAACCAGCUGCGACACACAAACAGAUGGGCAAAACAAACCAGCUGCGACACAUAAACUGUGCUGUUCAGAAUCAGAUUUUAAACAUUAAACAAGACUAACCGGACAGACAUGCCAGCUACAGGGGGAGACUCGAAGGGGGAGGAUUACUCCACCGCCAUCCUGAAACAGACGAAGCGCCCGAACCGUCUUGUUGUGGAUGAGGCUCUGAAUGAAGACAACAGCAUCAUCUGCCUGUCCCAGAAUAAGAUGGAUGAUUUGCAGCUGUUCCGCGGGGACACGGUGCUCCUGAAAGGAAAGAAGCGGCGCCAAACUGUUUGUAUCGUCCUCACCGACGAGACCUGCGCAGACGAGAGGGUGCGAAUGAACCGCGUCACCCGCAGCAACCUGCGUGUGCGGCUUGGCGAUAUUAUCAGUGUCCAGGCCUGUCCUGAUGUGAAGUAUGGGAAGCGGAUUCACGUGUUGCCCAUCGACGAUACCAUAGAGGGACUGUCUGGGAAUCUUUUUGAAGCAUUCCUGAAGCCCUACUUCCUGGAGGCAUACCGUCCCGUACACAAAGGUGAUAUUUGCCUGAUUCGUGGGGGGCUGAGGGCGGUGGAGUUCAAAGUGGUAGAGACUGACCCCACCCCUUACUGUAUCGUCGCCCCGGAUACCAUCAUCCACUGCGAGGGACAGCCAAUCAAGCGAGAAGAUGAAGAGGAGAGCCUGAAUGAUAUCGGUUACGAUGACAUCGGGGGCUGCAGGAAGCAGCUGGCUCAGAUUAAAGAGAUGGUGGAGCUUCCUCUCCGCCACCCAGCGCUCUUCAAAGCCAUUGGAGUCAAGCCCCCUCGAGGGCUCUUGCUGUACGGCCCACCUGGGACAGGUAAAACCCUUGUGGCUCGAGCUGUAGCCAAUGAGACGGGAGCAUUCUUCUUCCUUAUAAACGGGCCGGAAAUCAUGAGCAAACUUGCAGGGGAGUCGGAGAGCAAUCUAAGAAAGGCAUUUGAGGAAGCAGAGAAAAACGCACCGGCCAUUAUCUUCAUCGACGAGUUAGACGCCAUCGCUCCGAAGAGGGAGAAGACUCACGGAGAGGUGGAACGCAGAAUCGUGUCCCAGCUGCUCACACUGAUGGACGGACUCAAGCAGCGCACUCACGUUGUUGUCAUGGCAGCGACCAACAGGCCUAACAGUGUGGACCCAGCCCUGCGCAGGUUCGGACGGUUUGACCGGGAGAUCGACAUUGGGAUCCCAGAUUCCACUGGCAGGCUGGAGAUCCUGCAGAUACACACCAAGAACAUGAAGCUGUCCGACGAUGUGGACCUGGAGAGGGCUGCCAUGGAGACCCAUGGUCAUGUAGGAGCUGACCUGGCUGCCCUGUGCUCGGAGGCUGCUCUCCAGGCCAUCCGGAAGAAGCUGAUUGUCAUUGACCUGGAGGACGAGACCAUCGACGCAGACGUGCUCAACUCGCUGGCCGUCACCAUGGACGACUUCCAGUGGGCGCUGGGGCAGAGCAAUCCUUCAGCUCUGCGGGAGACGAUGGUGGAGGUACCGCAGGUUAACUGGGAGGAUAUCGGGGGUCUGGACGAGGUGAAGAGAGAGCUACAGGAACUGGUGCAGUACCCUGUGGAGUACCCUGACAAGUUUCUGAAGUUCGGGAUGACCCCCUCUCGUGGGGUGUUGUUCUACGGACCCCCAGGCUGUGGGAAGACCCUCCUGGCCAAAGCCAUCGCCCACGAGUGCCAGGCCAACUUCGUGUCCAUCAAAGGGCCGGAGCUGCUAACCAUGUGGUUCGGGGAGUCUGAGGCCAACGUGCGUGACGUCUUUGACAAGGCCAGACAGGCAGCCCCGUGCAUCCUAUUCUUUGAUGAGUUGGACUCUAUUGCCAAGUCAAGGGGGGGCAGUGCGGGGGACGGGGGAGGGGCUGCGGACCGUGUCAUCAACCAGAUCCUCACGGAGAUGGACGGCAUGACCAACAAGAAGAACGUCUUCAUCAUCGGAGCCACAAACAGGCCAGAUAUCAUUGACCCUGCAAUCCUGCGGCCUGGCAGACUGGACCAGCUCAUCUACAUCCCCCUGCCGGACGAGCGCUCGAGAGUGGCCAUCCUGAGAGCUAACCUGCGCAAGUCGCCCAUCGCCCGGGACGUUGAUCAGAAUUACCUGGCUAAGAUCACAGAGGGCUUCUCCGGGGCGGACCUCACUGAGAUCUGUCAGCGAGCAUGCAAGCUGGCCAUCCGAGAAGCUAUCGAGGUGGAGAUCAGAAUGGAGAGGGAGAGACAGAGCCAUCCAGAGACAGCCAUGGAAGAGGACUCGGACCCAGUCCCUGAGAUCAGGAAGGAUCACUUUGAGGAGGCCAUGAGAUUUGCGCGCCGCUCCGUCAGCGACAAUGACAUCCGCAAGUACGAGAUGUUCUCUCAGACCCUGCAGCAGAGCAGGGGCUUCGGGACCUUCAGAUUCCCCUCUGGGACCCAGUCUGGCAGUGGAGAGAGUUCAGGACAGGGAGACAGUGACCGGGGAAACCUCUACAGAGACGAGGGAGAUGAGGACCUGUACCAGUGAAACAGUAAACACGAGGACAGCACACAGCCUGGGGCUCGCCUGCACACUGCCUGGUAGCAUGACUGGAUACACAGCCUGGGCCCUCAACAAAGUGUCCCCAUGGCGCUUUGCCACCAGUAUAUUGAACCGGGUUUAGGAAAUAAAUAUAAAUCACCUGUGUCAUGCACUUGGCUUUGUAAGUCUCGCCUGAAAGACUUUAAAAAAUGAUCUCUGGUACAGUAUUAGGUUAAAGAAAUGUGUUUGCGAGCCAUGCUUUCAUCUAGUCCUGCACUUUCUAGGUCAGUUCACCUGGUGAGUGCUUCUCCUGGUGAGUGACUUGCUUUGCUUUGUAGCCAGUGAUGUGGCCUCAGAAGACACUGACGACACUUACUGACUACCCCAAAGUAAGGCAUGAGAUUUCUGAAACAGUUUUGAACCUUUUUCUGCAUUGUUAGCUUCAGUUUCAGAAACCAUGUUGUCAAAUCUGAUUUUAUUUAUUAAUUUUUUUAAGUAAUUGUAGCUAAUAAAACAGUUCCAGAAAAUGUGUUUGCCAUGCACAUCCAUUCAUUAUUUAUGUUUAACAUGUAUUUUAAUAGCUGGUACUACACUAGGUUAAAGAAAACUGUUUCCAAGCCAUGCUUUUAGACUGUCUUGUCUUUCCUGAGUCAUUUCACCUGGAAGGUAAAAUUAUCCCCACCCCUUCACUGGCUUCUUUUCUGUCAACAACCAAUCAGCCCCUUCCCCUAUUGACUGACAUACUUUCAGCCAAUAACAAGCUUUGACUCAGUGCAAACAGAUGAGAAUAAGGCAUAGAAAACGAAAGCUUCCUUUAAUCUAAAAUAGUACCAGAUAUUGUGAUUUUAUAUUAAAAUACACAUGGGCUGUAACGUGUUUGUUUUAAAACUGCUCAUCUGAGAUGUAUGUAGUUAAUGGAAGUGCAACACAGGUAAGAUCGAUUGAAUGAAUUUGCUAGCUACAAUUACUCAGUCAGUUUAUAUUUGCCCUCAUCAAUAUUGAACUUGAUUUGCUAUGACUUUCCAACAAGAUCAGAACAGGAACACACUUGUUUAUUUUUAUUUUGUAUUAUUUCUGUGAUGAUUUCACUGAGUUCAAGAGCUGCUCUUCUCUGCUAGUUACCUGCCAUAGACGUAUAACCAGGGCAAGAUCAGCCAGAGUGUCUUUAUGAAAAAGUAAGAGCCAGCGCCAUCUAGCUAGAAGUUAUUACUGGCAAAGCAAACAACAACAAUAGCAAAGCUGUGCCCAGAUGCUGCUGGCUCUGACUUCUUGCCUGUCAAAGGCAACUGGAACUGAACACCUUCAAAGUAACGACGCUUUUUUCUCGUUACAGAGACACAUACGUUUUUUUAGUAUAAUUAACUUGACAAAUACUAGGGUUGAUUUCAUUAAGAUUGUCAUUUAGUUGUAUUUCUUUUGGGUUAAAGAGCAAGUAACAUAAGAAAAAUAAGAACGUUUACAGACGAGAGGAGGCCAUUCGGCCCAUCUUGCUCUCUUGGUUGUUAGUAGCUUAUUGAUCCCAGAAUCUCAUCAAGCAGCUUCUUGAAGGAUCCCAAGGUAUCUGCUUCAACAACAUUACUGGGGAGUUGGUUCCAGACCCUCACAAUUCUGUGUAAAAAAAGUGCCUUCUAUUUUCUGUUCUGAAUGCCUCUUUAUCUAAUCUCCAUUUGUGACCCCUGGUCCUUGUUUCUUUUAUCAGGUCGAAAAAGUCCCCUGGGUCGACAUUGUCAAUACCUUUUAGGAUUUUGAAUGUUUGAAUCAGAUCACCACGUAGUCUUCUUUGUUCAAUUCUUUUAGCCUGUCUGCAUACGACAUGCCUUUUAAACCCGGGAUAAUUCUGGUUGCUCUUCUUUGCACUUUUCCUAGAGCAGCAAUAUCCUCUAGUAGUGCAAAGACAAGGGUAAGGUGGAAUAUACAGUAAUCCGUCGCUUAUACGACUGCAGUGGGAGCAGAGUAAGGGGCGGAUAUGUAAAAAGUCAGAUGAAUGAAUCCUGUUUUAAAUACCAUUAUACACAGCUGUAACAAUUAUUAUAUUCACACAAUUUUUGUUUUAAGAUUCAGCUUUUAUUAGGCAGCUCCCCUAUAUCCCUUGUUUAGAAAGAUACAGGGUAUUAAUGCUUGUGACAGAAUAUCCAUCUGCCGUGUGGGUGCGUGCGUUCGCUGUUGAGUGACAGGCAGGAGAACGAGACGGAGGUUGAAGUUGAUACGCCCCCUGCAGGAGAACAGGAUUUAUUUACAAAUCAACACUGAACAGCUCACAUGACACUACCAGCAAAGGCAGCACACGGAACACAUACAGCACAAUGUACGGAAACUUUGGUGGGAUCUACAAUCUCUGAACUAAUCUUCUCUGUUCUAUAAUAACAGCUUGAUCGUGGCGGAUAUGCGAUGGGCGGAUACACGAUGGAUUACUGUAUAAAGAAACAUUUGAAGCCAGUUGCCCGUGGUUUGAGUUGCCUCUACAGCUUCCCUCGGUAGACUGAGCUGAGGGAGUCUACAAGUUGCUACAAGUUUGCCUCCCUGGAUUUCUUACCCCUCGUGUCAUCUAUAAACCUAACGGUGUCUUGCUUUACUUUAGUACUGGUGGCAACCCAGUCCCCAUUGUGUCUCUGCCCCUCACUCUGGACAGACAAGAUAUUUUACACGUGGAGUGUCUGUGUGUGUGUAUUAAUGUGAGUGUGUUUGAUGUGCGUUUACAGAAUAAAUCAGAGUCCUUGGUUACUUAC